CACCCAUACUUUCACGAAAUCUAUACUCGUUUAAAACCCCUCCUUUCUUCCUGUGUCUCUCAACCUCCUCACUUCUCUUCUUCAUUUGCGUUCUCCCCCUCUCUCCCUCUCUUUGUUUCUCGCUGAAAAUAUGUGCCUGCUUUGGCCAGGGGAGGGAGAGGCCAACUGGGUUCAUCCUUCAUAGUUUGAUCAUUGAUGGUUCUUCAACCUUGAAUCACCACACUACGACCCCACCACAUGACAAUGGCCGUCGCUACCUUCUCCUCUUUCAAUGCUUCAGAAAAGAAGCACUGGUGGCUUACCAACCGAAAGAUUGUUGAGAAAUACAUCAAAGACGCUCGUAGCCUCAUUGCGACCCAAGAACAGAGCGAGAUCGCAUCGGCUCUGAAUCUUGUAGACGCGGCACUAGCAAUAUCUCCACGCCUAGACCAGGCGCUCGAGCUCAGAGCCAGGUCUCUUCUUUAUCUCCGGCGUUUUAAGGACGUCGCCGAUAUGCUUCAGGACUACAUUCCCAGUCUCAGGAUGGCAGUCGAGGAGUCGGGCUCUUGUUCUUCGGAUAGUUCGUCUCAGCAGCUCUCAAGGGAGGGAGCGAAGCUGCUCUCAUCUCCGGAGUCGUCGCCGGAUCAGAGUUUCAAGUGCUUCUCCGUCUCGGACUUGAAGAAGAAAGUGAUGGCAGGACUGUGUAAAAGUGGCGAGAAGGGAGGGCAAUGGAGAUACUUGGUGCUGGGUCAAGCAUGUUGCCAUCUCGGUCUGAUGGAGGAUGCAACGGUUCUUCUCCAAACCGGCAAACGACUUGCCAGCGCCGCCUUCCGCCGCGAAAGCGUUUGCUGGUCCGACGACAGCUUCUCUUUAACGAACAUUUCCUUCUCCGGUGACACGGUCAACUCCACUCCCACCACUCCACCUCGGACACCUCUUACCGAAUUUGAGAGCGUCACCCAACUCCUCAGCCACAUCAAGCUCCUCCUCCGCCGUCGCACUGCGGCGCUCGCUGCCCUUGACGCCGGUCUCUAUUCUGAGGCCAUCCGCCACUUCUCCAAAAUCGUCGACGGCCGCCGUGGCGCUCCGCAAGCCUUUCUUGCCGAAUGCUAUAUGCACAGAGCCUCUGCCUACCGUUGCGCAGGCCGAAUUGCGGAGUCUAUUGCGGAUUGUAAUCGCACACUGGCUUUGGACCCCACUUGCAUUCAAGCUCUUGACACCAGAGCUGCCCUUCUAGAAUCCAUUCGAUGCCUGCCUGAUUGCCUACACGAUCUUGAACACUUGAAGCUUUUGUACAAUACAAUCUUGCGGGAUCGCAAGCUUCCAGGUCCUGCUUGGAAGCGUCAUAAUGUGAGGUACAGAGAGAUUCCUGGGAAACUCUGUGCUCUCACGACGAAAAUUCAAGAGCUGAAGCAAAGGGUGGCUUCAGGGGAAACUGGUAAUGUGGAUUACUACGCUUUGAUUGGAUUGCGACGUGGUUGCUCUCGAUCAGAGUUGGAGAGGGCUCAUUUAUUGCUCUGUUUACGGCACAAACCGGAUAAAGCUACCAGCUUCAUUGAUCGCUGCGAGCUUGCGGACGAACGUGAUCUUGAAUCGGUGAAGGAGAGGUCAAAAAUGUCAGCAUUGUUAUUGUACAGAUUGAUUCAGAAGGGUUACACAAGUGUAAUGGCUACUAUCAUGGAUGAAGAAGCCGCCGAGAAGCAGAGGAAGAAGGCGGCGGCUGCUUUGCAAGCUGCACAAGCAGCAAUUCAUGUUCCGGAAAAAAGUGGGUGCAGAACGGACUAUGAGGGGAAGAACUCAGAGAAAACAGUAUCUUCAUCGACUGUAAAUCCUUCUGUAUUCCAGGGCGUGUUUUGCCGUGAUCUUGCCGUCGUUGGGAGCUUGCUUUCUCAAGCGGGAUUCAACCGUUCUAUUCCAAUGAAAUAUGAAGCAUUGAGCUGCUGAUUUGUUGAAAGUUUUCUAGUAUAGUCUUUUGUGUAUGUACAGGCAGUGUGCGAGAGAGAUUCAAUCUUAAUCUAUGCAUGUAUGUACAGACACGAAGCAAGAAAUGUUCUCAUGAUCCAUUGGUACAAAAUAGAAAAUCUGGGGCCCUUGGAGAUAUUAUCGGCAGAGGAAUCUCUCGAUUAAGCAAUCUGGCUCGUCCACUUGGUUGUACAAAAAGAAACCAAGGCAGCCGGAAAAUUUUGUCACCUUUUCUCUUUAAUUCUCCUUUAUCAGUUAUCUUAAUUUAUCAGCUGUGCAGAAUAUCAGUGCUUAAUACUCUCACAUUCGUGAAUUUGGCCCUUCCCUUCUAAAUUUCGCGUUCAAACGUAAUGGUAACCGGCCUCAUAGUCUGGGAUACCUUUAGGCCCCCGGGUGGGGAAAUAUCAAAUAUGGGAUUCUUUUACAUGGAAAAUGUGGCUUUAGUGUUGCAGCCUUGUAGGUGCAAAGUAAUAGGUGUUUGCCUUGGCCUUUUCCCUUUGGUUCAUCCGUGGGAGCAUUUAA